CAUUCGAGCCACGCGGCGGUUCUGCGGGCGUGGCGGCGCGGCACGCUAUUGGUUGGCCCGGCCGCGCCAAUAGGAGUUGAGCUGUUGGAUUCAAACGGUAGCGGGGCGGGGAAGCAGGAGGCCAGCUCUGGGGGUGCCGUGGGGACAGCUCGCUCGCUCGCUCGCUCCGCUCUCGCCGCCGCCAUGGACUCCGGUCAGAUCUACUAUUCCGACAAGUACUCCGACGAGCAGUACGAGUACCGACAUGUAAUGCUGCCCAGAGAACUUUCAAAACAAGUGCCAAAAUCCCAUCUUAUGUCUGAAGAGGAGUGGAGACGACUUGGUGUUCAGCAGAGUCUUGGCUGGGUUCACUACAUGAUCCAUGAGCCAGAACCGCAUAUUCUCCUCUUCAGAAGGCCUCUUGCAAAAAAUAAGCAGGAAUGAACCACUGUCUAUAAAUCAUCUCCUGAAAUUAUGUAUAUGAGUGUAUAUAUGUUGGUAGUAUUCCGUGAAUAAUUUAAAAUGUACAAAAUGUACCUGUGGAUGAACUGUACUAAUCACAGCAACAAAAGCUCAGUCGAGUGAAAUUCUAAGUAGGCUGCUAUGGUGUUCCAGGGAUGAAAUUAUUACUACUAAAUCUAAGUGCCUAUCUGACCUUUUAGUACGUCUUGUGUCUAAAUUGUCACUUGUCCUGUGUUCAGUAAUGUUUACACUCAGCUUUUCUGCUGAAGCAUACCAUGUUCAAAUCUGAUGGCUUACCUUUUUGGAAAUAAACUAUUUCUAAUGCUCUAAACCCUAAA